GGGAGAGCGCGGCCGGCUCCGAGCGGUUUGAGUUGAUCUCACUAAACUGCAGCCAUGGUGCAGAAGUACCAGUCCCCUGUACGGGUGUAUAAACACCCUUUUGAGUUAAUUAUGGCUGCAUAUGAAAGAAGGUUUCCUACGUGCCCUCUGAUCCCCAUGUUUGUAGCCAGUGACACAGUAAACGAGUACAAGAGUGAGGAUGGGGCCGUCCACGUGAUUGAGCGGCGCUGCAAGCUGGACAUCGAUGCACCACGGCUGCUGAAAAAGAUUGCAGGAGUGGAUUACGUCUACUUUGUCCAGAAGAACUCUCUGAACAGGAGAGAAAGGACUCUGCACAUAGAAGCCUACAAUGAAACCUUCUCUAACAGAGUCAUCAUUAACGAGCACUGCUCCUACACAGUUCACCCUGACAAUGAAGAUUGGACCUGUUUUGAACAGUCAGCAAGUCUGGAUAUCAAAUCUUUUUUUGGUUUUGAAAGCACAGUGGAAAAGAUUGCCAUGAAACAAUACACCAGCAAUAUUAAAAAGGGAAAGGAAAUAAUAGAGUACUACCUGAAGCAGCUGGAGGAAGAAGGAAUAACUUUUGUCCCUCGCUGGGCUCCUCCGGUUGCAUGUAAAUCAGAGAGCAGCACAUCCCACCCAAGGAGACCAGUGUCACCUGCCAUUAAUAUCCCAGAAUCUGCCACAAAGGAGGGCUUGAGCAACAAGGAGAUCCUCAACACCUCCAGCAGCCCCUCGGAGCCCACUGCGGGAACACCUGAUGCUGAUAAGUUGGAUGCAGAUUACAUCAAGAGGUACCUGGGGGACCUGACCCCGAUGCAGGAGAGCUGCCUCAUCCGCCUGCGGCAGUGGCUCCAAGAGACGCACAAAGGCAAAAUCCCAAAGGAUGAACACAUUUUAAGAUUCCUGCGUGCCCGGGACUUCAACAUCGACAAAGCAAGAGAGAUCCUUUGCCAGUCCCUGACGUGGCGUAAGCAGCACCAGGUGGAUUAUAUUCUGGACACCUGGAAUCCUCCCCAAGUGCUCCAGGAUUACUAUGCAGGAGGCUGGCAUCACCAUGACAAAGACGGGCGCCCGCUGUACGUGCUGAGGCUGGGCCAGAUGGACACCAAGGGCCUGGUGCGAGCGCUGGGGGAGGAGGCCUUGCUGCGCUACGUUCUUUCAAUAAAUGAAGAAGGGCUGAGGCGAUGUGAGGAGAAUACAAAAGUAUUUGGCAGGCCAAUAAGCUCUUGGACCUGUCUAGUAGAUCUGGAAGGUUUGAACAUGAGGCAUUUAUGGAGACCUGGUGUCAAGGCCUUGCUGAGAAUCAUCGAGGUGGUUGAAGCUAAUUACCCUGAGACCUUGGGUCGUCUGCUUAUCCUAAGAGCACCUCGAGUUUUCCCAGUUCUCUGGACACUGGUUAGUCCAUUCAUAGAUGACAACACUAGAAAGAAAUUCCUUAUUUAUGCUGGAAAUGACUACCAGGGUCCUGGAGGACUGCUGGAUUACAUUGAUAAAGAAAUUAUCCCUGACUUUCUUGGCGGAGAGUGCAUGUGUGAAGUACCAGAGGGUGGGCUGGUUCCCAAGUCCCUCUACCGGACAGCAGAAGAGUUGGAAAAUGAAGACAUCAAGCUUUGGACUGAAACAAUCUACCAGUCUGCAAGUGUCUUCAAAGGAGCUCCACAUGAGGUUCUCAUCCAGAUCGUGGACGCCUCGUCGGUGAUCACGUGGGAUUUUGACGUGUGCAAGGGCGACAUUGUUUUUAACAUCUUCCAUUCCAAAAGAGCCCCACAGCCUCCCAAAAAGGACUCUCUGGGAGCUCACAGCAUUACAUCUCCUGGUGGGAACAACGUCCAGUUGAUAGACAAAGUAUGGCAGCUGGGCCGUGACUACAGCAUGGUGGAGUCUCCCCUGAUCUGCAAAGAAGGGGAGAGUGUACAGGGCUCUCACGUGACCAGGUGGCCUGGCUUCUACAUUUUACAGUGGAAAUUCCACAGCAUGCCUGCCUGUGCUACAACCAACCUGCCUCGUGUGGAUGAUGUGCUGGCAUCUCUACAGGUGUCCUCUCACAAAUGUAAAGUGAUGUACUAUACAGAAGUGAUAGGAUCUGAAGAUUUCAGGGGAUCUAUGACCAGCCUUGAAUCAAGUCACAGUGGAUUCUCCCAGCUCAGUGCUGCCACCACCUCCUCUAGCCAGUCCCAUUCCAGCUCCAUGAUUUCCAGGUAGUGCCACAACAGCUCAAAAGCAAAUGGAUGUGAUGGCUGGACCCUCGCCCAUGGCAGCUGACUGCAAUACAGCAUAUUCAACUGGCAAUUGUGCAAAAAAACCCCACCCCAAAAAGCCUUUUAUAGAUAGUAAAGUAGCUGUUUGAAUUUUA